AUGGAGCGCGGCCGUCCCGCAAGCAGCCCACGCAGCGCCGAGUCCGCCCCGCCGGCCGCCGCCGUCAGCGCCCGCGACCCGAGCCCAGGGCGGACCGGGGCGGGGCCGACAGGCUCCAGCGGGGUCGCGGCGCGCUCCGGGGGAGGCCGUCCCGCCGCCGCGAACGCCGCGCGGGAGCGCAGCCGCGUCCAGACCCUGCGGCACGCCUUCCUGGAGCUGCAGCGCACGCUGCCGUCUGUGCCGCCGGACACCAAGCUGUCCAAGCUGGACGUGCUGCUGCUGGCCACCACCUACAUCGCCCACCUCACCCGCAGCCUGCAGGACGACACCGACGCGCCGGGAGACCCCAGUCUGGGCGCCCUGCGAGGCGACGGCUAUCUGCACCCAGUUAAGAAGUGGCCCAUGCGAUCAAGACUGUACAUCGGUGCAACUGGUCAGUUUCUGAAGCAUUCUGUCUCUGGAGAAAAGGCCAGCCAUACCAACACUCCUACGGCCUCUCAGCCGUAG